AUGGAUAAGACGGAGAUGAUCCAGAAAUCGGCCGUAUACGACGCCAUCGCUACCUAUAAUUCGACACGUCAUAUCCUUCCACCUCUUGAGUCGGUCAAGAGACUGCUCGAAGACAUGCGUGCAGGAGACGUUUGCGCUCAGAUGGAGAAGGUGUCAGACCUCCGUUGGCAAACCACGGUCCCAGGUUCUUCGACCCUCAACUUUCCCUCCUAUAACAUAGACGAUAUGAACGCACAAGUUAUCAAUAUGGCGGCUAGAGGAGACUAUCAAGGUGCUGCACGCUUCGCUUAUGAUUUCUCGCGAAGAGAAGCAGCUAUGGAAGAGCAUCAAAUGAGAACUUCUGCGGACGAAUAUCGACGCAGUUACCUUGAUCCUGCGACUGUAGUGGUGAACAAGGCUAUCUUGGAAUCCCGACCGAUCUAUGCAGAGAUACAAGCGUAUCUCGAGAUUCAAGAUAAACAGCUGGAUGUAGUGAAGACGAUUAGGGCAUUGGAGCAGGUCUCAUCUAACAUUGAAUGUGGGGUGAAGCUGCUGGAGCAACUAGACGACGAGAAGAGCGCACAAGAGUUCGGGCGACGUAUCAAGGAAGCCACGAACCGUCAGCAAUUCAUUGAAGUGUCACAGCUUGAGGAUCAGAAAAAUGGUCGCGGCUACCAAGUCAAUGCGGUGCGCACCUCUCGAAAGGUUGCACGACGGGCCCCUUUCUUCAACCUUGCGAUUUCUCGGAUCAACAAAGCUCUCUCUGAAAUUGACAAGGAUCAAUCGGCUCUCAAAGAGCAAUUGAAGGAGCUGUUCAGAACCAUUCCCGAGACCAUCUCGCUAGACCAGGAGGAAGCUCGUGCCCGGGCGGGUGAUACCUCGCCCUCAAAGAUUCCACUCCCAAGCAAGGAACUCUUCAAUCAAAUAUCUGAUCUACAGUCAUCCGUGGUCUCCAUCAACGCUACAUCUCUCGAUCUACGCUCCCUCAUGAAGGAUCUGCAGCGUCAGCAACUCGAGGAGAGAGCGGAAGAUCAAGUGGCCCAGCUCACACUGAGGAAAAUACGAGCAGGACGGUUCCUCGGUGUGUAUGCUGGACCUGUCCGGGAGCUGCAGGACCGAGCAAGCAAUGAAAUUGCGGAGCUGGAAAGAGCGUUCGAUGGGUUCUAUCAAAGUGACUUGAUGGAAAUGGGCGCAAUAAUAGGACCAGUAAAUGCGUUCAUCUCGAGAUAUAAAUCUCGGGAGGCACUCGUUAUGCGGAGAAUAGGGACUACUGCGGAUCCUGCACCAAGCCCUGCACCAUCGAGCUCUCUCGCCGCUCGUAGCACUGGUGCUGCGAAUCCAACGAUAGAAGGCCUACAGCACCUCUCCCAGCAGCAAUAUAAAACCGAACCAAAGUCAUUGGGCGACACCACCUAG